CAUCGUGGAUGAGAAGAUGAAAAGGUCGUGUACUGCUGAAGGGCAAAUUGGAUGCAGAUUAUAACUGAAGAGCAUGGGAGACGAAUUUGAACAGAUAUUGGACAAACUAGGGCAGUUUAGAGGCUACCAAGUCCUUGUAUUUUCUCUACUGCAGUUGAGUGAUGUUGUCACAGCAUGGACCAUGUUACUCCCUAUCUUCAUCAGUGCCAGACCCCAGUGGUACUGCCCCAAUACAGCAGAUAACAGUACCAAUAACAAUACAGUAUCAGUGUCUCCACAUAUAGAAAAUGGAACACUGUUUGACAGUAUGACAUAUUCAGAUGGUGCUAAAGAUUUCAUCAACUUUACAAUUUUACAUGAAAUGGUCCAAUAUAAAUCUCAAUCCCUUGAUAGCAAUAUGUCACAGUACUAUGAGGCUGGAGGCUAUAUAAAAGGGUUUUGUACCAGUGAUGGUGGUAUCUGUGAAGGUCAUACAUAUUCUACAGAUUUUACAUCAGUUAUAAGUGAGUGGAAUCUCCUUUGUUCCGAGAAGUACAUAGGCACCCUGAUCACCACUAUACAGAUGAUAGGGGUGCUGGGUGGUGCAAUUGUUAUAGGACAGCUGGGGGACACAUUUGGUCGCAAGAUGAUUUAUUUUGCCACGAUAGCGUUAAACUCUGUGUUUGGCACUGUGAUGGCGUUUGCCUCAUCAUGGCAGCUGUUUGCAGCAUGCAGGUUCAUGAAUGGCUUCUGUAUGGGAGGACUUUUAAACAUUAACUACAUUUGGCCUAUGGAGUUUGUUGGACCAAGAUGGCGCACAUUUUGUGGAUGUGUAGGCUUAUUCCAAGUGGGUGGUAUGACGUUAGCAUUAUUAGCCUACUUCAUUCGUGAUUGGAGGAACCUCUGCCUUGCCACUUCUUUACCACCUCUAGCAUUAAUGUUUACAUGGUGGGCCAUACCAGAGAGUCCAAGGUGGCUCUCUAUGAAAAACAGAUUUGCAGAGGCAGAAAUUAUUUUGACAAAAAUGGCCAAGUGGAAUAAGAGACCGGUUCCAGAUUUUUCCAAACUUAGAACUUUUGCUGAGACAGAAAAGGCCAAACUGGGGAAGAUGAAGAGUUACAGUUACUGGGACUUGUUCAGGACCCCUGCAAUGUGUAAAAACAUGCUGAUUGUCAUGUAUGCAUGGUUUGUUUGUGCAGCAGUGUUUUAUGGCUUGAACUACAAUGUGAAGAACUUAGCAGGGGACCGUUACCUCAACAUGUUCCUGGUUUCCUUUAUUGACAUGCCAGCAGUUUGGUCAACUAUAUUCUUCAAUGCUUGGUGUGGAAGAAGAAAAACAUUAUUUGUGUCAAUGCUAAUUGCUGGACUAGCUAAUUUUGCUGUACUGUUUGUAGAUGUGGCAGGAAAAAUGGAAGAACUGUCAUUGCUUACAAAAAUCUUAGCUUUAAUUGGCAAGUUUGGGAUCUCUGCCUCAUGGAGUGUAGCCUAUUUGUAUAGUGCAGAAUUGUUUCCAACUGUUGUAAGGAAUUUGGCAAUGGGUUUAGCAUCUACCACAGGAAGGAUAGGCGGGAUUAUAGCACCUCAGCUGGUCUAUAUGAAUAAUUUUUCAAAGCCAUUGCCAUUCAUUAUCUUUGGGUGCUUGGGGAUUACAUCUGCCUUGGCCAAUGCCUUUCUGCCAGAGACCAGAGGGAAGCCAUUACCAGACUCGGUUCCUCUCUGGAAAUGGAAGAAAAGUUCUGCAAUAAAAAGUAAUCAAGAUGAAAGUGAGAUGCCUCUCUCUGAAACUGGUUCAAUAAGCAAUGGUAAUUGUCUACUUGUGGAGGGAAAUAGGGAAAUUAGUGGUUCUGAGGUGUGCCCUUCAUUAGUUGAAGAGCAGGAGCCAUGUCUUGUGGAACCUUCAUGCACCGGUGACCUUGACUCUGAAUGGGUGGAACAGUCACAUUGAGAAAAAUAUUUUCUCUAGAUGGAUUUAGAUUUUUUAAAUAAAUUGUUGAGUUGUUUUUUGUUUCCAAUGGCCAUGAUUUAUGAACAAAUAUUGUAUUUUUGUGUUGCAUUUGUGUCAAAGACAUUUUUUCAGAGAUGAAUAUUUUGAACAGUUGAGGUAGUCACUGUAGGCUGCAGUGUAGUGGUUUUUCCAUGCAGGGGUCACAGGACAAAAAAGGAGUUGGAACCAGAGUUGAAGCUGUGCUUCCUUCUUACUGUAAUAGUUUGAAAUGGAGGGUAUUUUUGCUCUUUAUGUUUAAGACCACCUGAUGGGCAAAUGAUCUGGUUGAAUUCAAAAAUGGGCCAAAUCUUUUGAUGUAUUUGAAACAUUUUUCGAUUAAAUAUUUACCUGUGUUGCAAGAAUACUGUUGCUAUAUUGUUACCUCUUAAAAAUGGAUGUUUCCCUUCAAACUUGCUAGAGUCAUAUGAAGGUCUUAUAUAUAUAUCAUCUUUGAAAAUGUCCCUUCGGAUUAUUAUUUUAAAAAAAUCAUGUUUUUAUAUGAUCUUAUUAAGUAUAUACAUGUAUCUAUUGCAGCCUAAUUUAUAUAUUUUUAAAUUGUCCUUGUUUACAGAAUGGAGGUUGUUGGUUGUUAGCAUAUUCAGCAGAUGCAGGUACUUAACUGUGCAUUUUUCAGCUUUAGCUGACCUAUAUAGAAAUGUAUUAUGACAGAAAAAAUUGAUAUGUUGGUUAACAAGCACCUCUGCUCUAAUUUGAGGAAAUCUAUUUUAUUUGCUACUUUUUGUCAAAUGAAAAAAAAUGCCAUGAGUUGGUAAAUAGAAAAAAUUACAUUUAACCCAAGGAGAACCUUAAGGCUGUGGUUUUUACUCUGUUAUAUCACCCACACUGUGGUUUUUGACAUUAUGUCCCUCCUUGAAAAACAGGAAAAUGACUCAUCCUGAUAUUUAGCUGCUAUGCUCAUAUAUGCUGAAAUAAAAAAAAAUGUUUUGGUACCUUGUUAACCAACAUCAGUUUUGUCUUACCUUACCUUAAAAAUGCUCAAAGGUUAUGUAUUAAAAGAUGAAGAAUGUUAUCAUAUUUAUGUUAAGAUACAUAUAUUUGUAAUAUGUGGUGAUCUGUGUAUAAUUUGUUAGAUCUCAGCACAUUUUAUCUCAUCUGCCUGACUUUAGUCGCAUUGAGAAUGUUUCAUACCUUACAAACUUCAAAGCAUAAUUUAGACUGCAAAUUAUAUAUUUAGACUGCAAGUCAAACAGAGAAAGAAAGAAUCUCACCUGCGAUGGUGUGCUCUUGGCUAUCUUAAGGUGCAAUUAAAUAUUUCUAAAAUUUUGUUUUAAAAGGUUUUGCCUUCAUGGGGUGUUCCAUAAAUUGCCACAGAAUAACUAGGCAUCAAAAGUUUCGACUUUCACUUUCGCCUGGGGGGAAAAAAUCCGGCCCAUCGUCAAGUCCACUUCAGCAUUUUUGAUUUGUGUAAGCACUGUGGUAUUUUUUUCUCUUAACUGCACAAUACUUUUUGUAAAUGAGAAUUGGACCUUACAGUGUGUGUCAUUUAUUGUCAGUGGGAAAAAUAAAAACUCAAUAAAGAAAA